AUGAAGAGAAAGUUGAGAGUCACUGACCUAUUGUACAAAGACCUUAAUAUGAUUGAUGUAGAAGCCAUUCCUUUUCCAAGAAUCGCGUUAAAAACACCAGUGGAUGUGGUGGAUGAAGAUGUGGACAGCAAGCUCAGUUUUCGGGAGUUCCUUCUCAUCUUCCACAAAGCGGCCGCCGGGGAGCUGGAGGAAGACAGUGGCCUACACGCCCUGGCCUGCCUCUCGGAGAUCGACGUCUCCACCCAGGGCGUCAAGGGGGCCAAGAGCUUUUUCGAGGCCAAAGUGCAGGCGAUGAACGUGGGUAGCCGCUUCGAAGAGGAGAUCAAGGCAGAGCAGGAGGAGAAGCGGCGCCAGGCAGAGGAGCUGAAGCAGCGGAAGGAGGCCUUCAAGGAGCUGCACUCCACCUUCAGGCAGUAGCCAGCACCCCCCCCCGAGCCCCCCACCGGACACAGCCCAUCCCCCCGCCACACCCAUCCGCCCCCCUCACUGCAGCCGGUGUUUGCGGGUCAGGUGGCUGCUAGAGGCGCAGGAGCCCGAGGGGUCCCAGUCAGCUGGUGACCCAGCGUGGUUGGUGGGCGAAGAAGGCAGACCUUGGACCCAUCUCUUUUUGUUCAAGCAAGAAUUUUGGUCCAGGUACUGUAUUUUAAAAUAUUAAAAAACUAAAAAAGCAGAGACAUCACCGUGCCAACAAAAGUGCGUAUAGUCAAGGCUAUGGUUUUCUCAGUUGCAAAGUAUUGUUGUGAAAGUUGGACCAUAAGAAAGGCUGAGCGCCAAAGAAUUGAGGCCUUUGAACUCUGGUGCUGAACGCAUUGUAAGCCGCCCUGAGUCUCCGGAGAAGGGUGGCAUAUAAAUCAAAUUAAAAAAAAAAAGAAGAAGAAGAUUCCUGCGAGUCCCUUGGACUGCAAGGCGAUCAAACCGGUCAGUCCUAGAGGAGAUCAGCCCUGACUGCUCUUUAGAAGGCCAGAUCCUGAAGAUGAAACUCAAAUACUUUGGCUACCUAA